AUGUCAUUGACUUUCACCAACCAACCGCCUGCGUCGCGGGUGCCGUAUGCCAUCCCCCAAUUGGAGGGUGAGCGCAUCACAAUCCCCGGCAGCAAAGGCGUCUUCCGCAUCCUGACUUCCGCAAAGCAAACUGGCGGGUUGAUGGCUGUUUUUACCAGUGGUGCUGUUCUGUCGGAUGCCCCCGGAUUUCACUACCACAACCAUGCGCACGAUGUGUUCCUCGUUACAAAGGGUUUCUUGAAGCUAUGGAAUGGGGACCAGUGUCGGAUAAUGGGCCCUGGCGACUUUGCUUACGUUCCUCCAAAAGUUGUUCACAACCCGGAAAUGAUGGGUCCGCAUACAGAGCUUCAAGGCUUGAUCACCCCCGGCGAUUGGGUAGAUUUCUUCCGCUAUGUGUCAGAACCAUUUGAAGGCGUCAUCGUCCCUGAAGGUGAUGACCGUGAUCUCAAAUCUAUUCUGAUCCCCAAGGUGAUGGCGGCCAAGGAGAAAUUCGACGUUGUUUUCCAGCCCCACUACGUGCCCCCAGAGGUCAGCGAAUGGUCUAAAGAGGACGAAAAGCUGCCAGAGGGCUCAGUGGGUUACUUUUUGCGGGCCAAUACCGGUCCCAAGUGGAUUCUUGGGGGUGUCCUGUCCCGCCCAUUUGUGACUACCACGCAGAGCACAGGCGUAUGUGCGAUUUCCAGCAUCGAGUCCUCCAAGGACUAUGGCGAGACAGUGUUCUCCCAAUACAUGACGUUCCCUGAUGUCGACCACUGCUUCUGCAUUAUGGAGGGCACACUGCGAGUGAACUUGCAAGGUGCAGAUGACGCUGUCUUCCGCGAGGGCGAGACUGUUGUGAUUCCUGCUGGACAAGCCUUCUCACUUGGUUUUGAGAGCAAAUUUGUGAAAUUCCACUCUUUCACUGAUGGCAAUGGCAUUGAGUCUUUGAUCCAUGCUGCCGGUAAACCUUUCCAGGGGGCUGUGCUCCCUGACGUGGCGCCAGAAUAUAAACAAGUGGAUGUGGAGUCGGCUGCGGCACGCCUCAAUAUUGCGAUUUGA